AUGGAGGCUACUGCCGGCGAAGAGUCCGCCAUUGCCAACGAUUGGAAGGUUGUCACUGCGGAUGGAAGACAGGCGACCAUUGCAGAGCACAAUCUGACGUUAAAGCAAGCCAUCAAGAAAUACCCGAGAGCAAUCAUGUGGUCUGUGUUUGUAUCCCUGGCCAUUAUCAUGGAAGGAUAUGACAUAGUCCUCAUGGGUUCUCUCUUCGGCCAGAAGGCCUUCCUCAAGAAAUACGGAAAUUACUAUCCGGCCAUAGGGGAGUAUCAGCUUUCCGCACCUUGGCAAAGUGCUCUUGGCAAUGCGCCAAACAUUGGUGCAAUCUUUGGAGCACUUGCCAAUGGCUACUGGGUCCACUACUUUGGGUACCGACGGGUUCUCCUUGCUUCCCUUGUCGCAGUGGUUGGGUUCAUCUUCAUCUCUUUCUUCGCCACCUCGGUCGAAAUGCUCCUUGUCGGAGAGAUACUGUGUGGACUUCCAUGGGGAGUCUUCGCAACCAUGGCGCCUGCAUACGCCUCCGAGGUUUGCCCUGUAGCGCUUCGUGGCUAUCUGACAGUCUAUGUCAAUCUCUGUUGGGCCUUCGGUCAGCUCAUUGCUGCGGGCGUUAUGGAGGGUUUCCAACCAGUCAAUAGUAAAUGGGCAUACAAGGUUCCAUUUGCGGUUCAAUGGGCUUGGCCUGUACCGCUCUUUUGCAUCCUCUUCUUCGCUCCCGAGUCACCAUGGUGGCUUAUAUCCAAAGGCAAAAUCGAAGAAGCAGAGAAAACGGUCAUGAGGCUCACUUCAAAGUCCAUGACAUCCACUGAUGCUAAACAAAUUGUUGCAAUGAUGGUUCAUACUCACGAAAUUGAGCUGGAGGUUGAGACUGGUACAAGCUAUUUUCACUGCUUCAAAGGAGUUGACCUUCGACGAACGGAGAUUGCAUGUGUCGUAUUUGGAGCCGAGAUCUUCUCUGGGCUGCAGUUGGGUGGAAACCCUACUUACUUCUUCGAACAAGCAGGAGUGCCCGAUUCGAAGCUUUCAAGAACUAUUCUGUCAUGGUUUCUAAUCGCAGCUAUGGGUCGUCGGACGAUUUUUGUUGGUGGCCUAUUCCUCUCGGCUUGCUUCUUGUGUCUGGUGGGUAUUCUCAGUGCGGCGUCAAGUUCAAGUGGCAGCAGCUAUGCCCAGGCAGGGAUAGUGAUGUUUUGGAUGUUCCUCUACUAUUCUACCAUUGGACCGGUCUCUUACGCCAUCAUCAGUGAGACAUCCGCAAUAAAGCUACGCAACAAGAGCGUGUGCUUGGCAAGAAUUACUUACUACCUUUCCGCUAUUGUCUGCGCAACUGUCAGUCCCUACAUGAUCAAUCCGACAGAGGGAAAUUGGAAAGGCAAGAGUGGCUUCUUUUGGGGAGGGACUUGCUUUGUGUGCUUCAUUUGGGCAUUCUUUCGACGUACAUACGAGGAGUUGGAUGUUCUCUUUGCAAAUGGUGUAAAAGCAAGAGACUUUUCAUCCUGCGUCGUGGAUGCAUAUGCUGAAGACGAAACAGCCCGAGUCAAGCGCGAAUAG